GGCCGCUAGCUUGGCCCGCGUUUUGACUUUAAGAGCAGCUAGUGGUGGCUGUGAUCGACCAUCUGCGUCAUACGCGACAGCACUGGCUCUCCAUCGCUGCGACGCAGCGCCGUGACGCGAAAACGCUGCUCAAAAGCAUCUCUAUUGCUCAGUACAGCUGCCUGCCUUGUUGAGUGCUUAAAUUUGAAAGAUGAAGCAGCAGUCCCUCCUCUCCUUGUGGGGCGCGAAACCGAAAGCCAGAAAAGCAACAGCCGGCGGCAAAGAAAACGCAAGGAAGCAGAAACGCGUCGCGCAGCCGGCCGAGCCGCCACGGGCGCCGGCCGAGCCGGCUCCAGCCGAGCCGCCGGCCGCCACGCCGCCCCCGCAAGCACAACCACCAACGGAGGACAUCCCGGUCGAGAGACCAGCGGGCGCCGAGGGCAUCGACCGCUCGAGCGGCGCCCUGGCGCGCGCGGCCGACCCGGUGCAGCGCGCGCGGGCGGCCGCGGCGGCCGCGCAGGCGACGGUCGUCCUGCCCGCGCACGACGGCCUGUCGCAGUACGAGCGCGAGCGGCUCGGCCGCAUCGCGCGCAACGAGGCGUUCAUGCAGUCCCUCGGCCUCGGCGGCGGCCUCGCCGGCGCGGCGCCGGCGCAGCGGCGCCGCGCGCCGCGGCCGCGCGCGCCGCGCGCGCCGGCGGGCCCCGCGCGGCGGUCGCCGCGCCUCGCGGGCGCGCCGGCGCCCGGCGACGCCCCUGGCAGCACCAACGACGGUGAGACCGCGAGCGCGGCGCCGCCGCCGCCUCCCACGGAACCGUCGGCCGUCGCGCCCUACCUCGCCCCGGCCGGCGCCGUCGACGUCUCGGGCGAGGACGCGACGACGUUCGCGGACGACAAGCUCAAGCGGGUCUACGCGGUCGCCGCGGCCGGGCGCCUCGUCGCCGCGGCCGGCCAGGGCGGCCGCGUCGCCGUCUUCUGCGGCCGCGCGGGCGCAGCGCCGCUCGCGUCGUUCAAGGCCCACGGCGGCUGGGUCGGCGGCUGCGGUUUUAUUGGAGCCGACAAGCUGCUCACGGCGGGCAACGACGGCCUCGUGCGCCUCUGGGACUGCGCUUCUUCUCAAAACGGGACGCUGACCAAGGUCGCCGAGGCGCAGCACGCGCGCGGCAUCUGGCGCCUGGCCUGCCGCGGGGCGACGGCGGCCACGUGCGCCAAGGACGGGUGCGUCGUCGUCUGGAGCGCCGCGGCGACGGCGCUGCACGAAAGUAGAAGGUUGGAGGUGAGCGACGAGGGCUCCGUGCGGUCCGUGGCGCUCACGGAUCAGGUGGUGGCGGCGGCGGCGGACGACGGCCGCGUGACGGGCUGGGACCUGCGGAGCAGCGCGCGGGCGUGGGCGCUCGACGCGCACGCCGACGGCGCGCAGUCGUGCGCGUUCCGGCCCGGCGACGCGUCGUUCGUGCUGACGGCGGGCGCCGACCGCGCCUGCAAGCUCUGGGACCUGCGCUCUUCAUCAAAGCCGGUGCGCGCGUUCGACCAACAUCAUAGAACGGACGCGCGGCGCCGGGCGAUGCACCACCCGGCCUGGCUGUCCUCCACGACCUUCGCCGUCGGCGGCGAGGGGUCGGAGCGGCUCGCGUUCUACGACGCGACCUCGGGCGCGCUGACGGCGAGCCUGGCGCUCGGGGCCGACGCGACGGCCGUCGCGCGCGUCGACGCGGCGACGGUCGCCGUCGCGACGGAGGCGUGCGACGGGGUGGCGCUCCAUGCCGUCGCGUAA